GUUUAGUUUGAGCAAACUCUGAGUUUUGGGUUCAAGAAGGUGGGUUGGUUUUGACUCACGCUACACAGCUACCCUGCUCCGGAUCAGGUUCUAUUCUGGGUUAGAGAUCGCAAACCCAAACUGGACCAAUCAGCUGUGAGCAAAGUCACAUAUCCGAUGCAAUGAAAACAUCCCUGUAUCUCUCACUACAAAUUAAAGCAGACACAGAAAUAUUCCCAGUGAGGCGACCGAGAUCCAUGUGACACGCUGUUAUAAAGAUGACGUUUAUUAAAGUGGAGAGUGAAGACCUGAAGAUCGAAGAAGCGUUCAGAGUCAAACAAGAAGAUACUGAGGAACAAACGGACAUGAUGGCACUGAAAGUAGAGAAUGAAGAACUGAAAGAAAUAGAAGAGGAAAGUCAAUAUGAGAGACAUGUUUUCAUGGCUGUAGAAAAAUCCAUACCGACUGAAACAAAUUCGUUUGAAGACUCUGAAUCUAACAGUUGCCAUCAGUGUGGAAAGAGUUUCUCACUUAAAGGAAACCUUAAAGAGCACAUGAAAAUUCACACUGGAGAGAAGCCUUUCACAUGCCAACAGUGUGGAAAGAGUUUCACUAAAAAGGGAAACCAUAAAGAGCACAUGAAGAUUCACACCGGAGAGAAGCUUUUCACAUGCCAACAGUGUGGAAAGAGUUUCGUUAAAAAAGGAAAUCUUAAAGAUCACAUGUACAUUCACACUGUAGUGAAGCCAUUCACAUGUGACAAGUGUGGAAUGGGUUUCAAAUAUGCAGAAAGCCUUAGUAACCACAUGCGAAGAAUACAUUCAAGAGAUAAUUGUUUUAUAUGUAAUCAGUGUGGAGAGAAUUUCGGUAGUAAAGUAAGCCUCUACAGUCAUGUAAGACUUCACACUAAAGAGAAGCAGUUUAUCUGUCCACUGUGUGGGGAUACUUUCUUACAAAAUGGAAAUCUGAAGUCACACUUGAGAGUUCAUGCUGCAGAGAAGACUUUCCCAUCAGUGUGGAAAGCGUUUCAGACAGAAAACAACCCUUGAUUCACGCAUGAAAAGACAGAUCUGAUGGUUCUGAAAGAGAAUCAAUAGCUGGAAGAAACAGAAGAGAAAGAUCCAUAUGAGAGACAUGAUUUCAUAGCUGUAGAAAAAUCCAUACAGAUGAAACAAACGAGACCAAAUCUAACACUAACUUCACCUGCCAUCAAUGUGGACCGUUUCAAUCAAAAACAUAACCGUAAAAUCCACAUCCAGAUUUCACACUGGACAGAAGCCUUUCACAUGUGGUCAGUGUGGAAAGGGUUUCAAACAAAGUAAACCUUAAGUCCAAUAAAGUGCAGUGGCGGCUCGGAGGCACACUAAUUGUAUUGGUCU